GUGGAGGGAGGAAGCAGAGCGCGAGGCCAGCCGUAAAAGACUCCCUCGCGCCACUUCCGGCCGGCUUCCGCAGACGGCCCUGGUGGGCGAUCGUGAGGCGCCGGAGGACGUUCCCCACGGCCGGAGCCAUGGAGAUGCCGCUGCCGCCAGACGACCAGGAGCUCCGAAAUGUCAUCGACAAGCUGGCCCAGUUCGUGGCUCGGAACGGGCCCGAGUUUGAAAAGAUGACUAUGGAGAAGCAGAAGGACAACCCGAAAUUCUCUUUUCUGUUCGGAGGCGAGUUCUACAGUUACUACAAGUGCAAGUUGGCGCUGGAGCAGCAGCAGCGGGCUGCCUCUCCUCCUCUCCUGCCAGUCAUCUGCAAGCAGCAGGCCCCGGAACUGGAACCGGCUGCGACCCUGCCUCCCCUGCCCCAGCCCCCGCUGGCCCCUGCUGCACCCGUCGCACCCGCCCAGGGCACCCCGUCCAUGGACGAGCUCAUCCAGCAGAGCCAGUGGAACCUGCAGCAGCAGGAGCAGCACCUGCUGGCCCUCAGACAGGAGCAGGUGACAGCAGCCGUGGCCCACGCGCUGGAGCAGCAGAUGCAGAAGCUCCUGGAGGAGACACAGCUGGACAUGAACGAGUUUGACAACCUGCUCCAGCCCAUCAUUGACACCUGCACCAAGGAUGCCAUCUCGGCCGGGAAGAACUGGAUGUUCAGCAAUGCCAAGUCCCCGCCGCACUGCGAACUGAUGGCGGGCCACCUCCGCAACCGCAUCACGGCCGACGGGGCGCACUUCGAGCUGCGGCUGCACCUCAUCUACUUGAUCAACGACGUGCUGCACCACUGGGCCCUGACGCGCGGAAGGUCUCUCCCUCACAGCCAGCGCAAGCAGGCCCGGGAGCUGCUGGCCGCCCUGCAGAAGGUCGUGGUGCCCAUCUACUGUACCAGCUUCCUGGCCGUGGAGGAGGACAAGCAGCAGAAGAUCGCCCGGCUCCUACAGCUCUGGGAGAAGAACGGCUACUUCGACGACUCCAUCAUCCAGCAGUUACAGAGCCCGGCUCUGGGGCUCGGCCAGUACCAGGCGACCCUCAUCACUGAGUACUCCUCGGUGGUCCAGCCAGUGCAGCUGGCCUUCCAGCAGCAGAUCCAGACCCUGAAGACCCAGCACGAGGAGUUCGUCAGCAGCCUGACCCAGCAGCAGCAGCAGCAGCAGCAGCAGAUCCAGAUGCCGCAGAUGGAAGCUGACGUCAAGGCCACGCCACCGCCGCCCGCCCCACCCCCAGCCCCCACACCCGCCCCGGCCAUCCCGCCCACCACCCAGCCUGAUGACAGCAAGCCUCCCAUCCAGAUGCCCGGGUCUUCCGAGUACGACGCCUCAGGAGGGGUACAGGACCCAGCCGCCAGCGGCCCCCGUGGCCCUGGGCCCCAUGACCAGAUCCCACCUAACAAGCCCCCGUGGUUUGACCAGCCUCACCCCGUUGCUCCUUGGGGCCAACAGCAGCCUCCUGAGCAGCCGCCCUACCCACACCACCAGGGCGGGCCACCCCACUGCCCACCCUGGAACAACAGCCACGAGGGCAUGUGGGGCGAGCAGCGCGGCGACCCCGGCUGGAACGGCCAGCGCGACGCCCCCUGGAACAGCCAACCUGACCCCAACUGGAACAGCCAGUUCGAGGGCCCCUGGAACAGCCAGCACGAGCAGCCGCCCUGGGGCGGGGGCCAGCGCGAGCCGCCCUUCCGCAUGCAGCGGCCGCCGCACUUCCGCGGGCCCUUCCCUCCCCACCAGCAGCACCCGCAGUUCAACCAGCCACCACACCCCCACAACUUCAACCGCUUCCCGCCCCGCUUCAUGCAGGACGACUUCCCCCCACGACACCCCUUCGAGCGGCCGCCCUACCCUCACCGCUUCGACUACCCCCAGGGGGACUUUCAGGCUGAAAUGGGACCCCCUCACCACCACCCCGGCCACCGCAUGCCUCACCCUGGGAUCAACGAGCACCCGCCUUGGGGUGGGCCCCAGCACCCUGACUUCGGCCCUCCGCCCCACGGCUUCAACGGGCAGCCCCCUCACAUGCGGCGACAGGGCCCUCCGCACAUCAACCAUGACGACCCCAGCCUGGUCCCCAACGUGCCGUACUUCGACCUCCCUGCUGGACUGAUGGCCCCCCUCGUGAAGCUGGAAGACCACGAGUACAAGCCUCUGGAUCCUAAGGACAUCCGCCUUCCACCCCCCAUGCCGCCCAGUGAGAGGCUGCUGGCGGCCGUGGAGGCCUUCUACAGCCCGCCCUCCCACGACAGGCCCCGGAACAGCGAAGGCUGGGAGCAGAACGGUCUCUACGAGUUCUUCCGAGCAAAGAUGCGGGCCCGGCGGAGGAAAGGCCAGGAGAAGAGGAACAGUGGACCCUCACGGUCUCGGAGCAGAUCCAAAAGCCGAGGGCGCUCCUCCUCGCGCUCCAACUCACGGUCCUCCAAGUCGUCCGGCUCCUACUCCAGGUCACGGUCCCGCUCCUGCUCCCGCUCCUACUCCCGCUCCAGAUCCAGGAGCCGCAGCCGCUCCCGCUCCUCCCGAAGCCGCUCCCGCUCCCGCUCCCGCUCGAGGUCCAAGUCCUACUCCCCAGGAAGGAGGCACCGGUCGCGGUCCAGGAGCCCCACCCCGCCUUCCUCGGCUGGUCUGGGUUCUAAUUCAGCACCUCCUAUACCGGACUCAAGGCUUGGGGAAGAGAACAAAGGACAUCAGAUGCUGGUGAAAAUGGGCUGGAGUGGAUCCGGCGGCCUCGGCGUGAAAGAGCAAGGGAUCCAGGACCCCAUCAAGGGUGGGGACGUGCGGGACAAGUGGGACCAGUACAAGGGCGUGGGCGUGGCCCUGGACGACCCCUACGAGAACUACCGCAGGAACAAGAGCUACUCCUUCAUCGCCCGCAUGAAGGCCCGGGAGGAGUGCAAGUAGGCGGCGCGCAGAGCCACCCUGCUGGGCUCACUGCUGGAGGAUGGCAGGGGCAGCCCGGCUCUGCCUUGGGGAGCGACAGAGGAGGAAGACGGACGCGGUCUUGUGACCAGUGCCACGCUGGAUGGUGCCGAAGGCCCAGGCCCCACCCGCAAACCAGCUCUAACGUAGCAACAGGCAUCACGAGGAGGUGCCCAGCCCACACGGCCACAAGCUUAUUUCCCCGGACAGUGAAGCAAGAGACACAAGACCCCUGGAUAAAAACUCUCACCGUCUGAAGGCACGGCCGUCUCACUCUCCCCUCAGCCCGCGCCUCUGAAACCAGGGGGAGUGUGUGCAGGGGCCCUGCACACGCACGCCAGGCCAGGUGCUGGCACUGCUCACUCGUUAAAAAUGGAAAAAAGCAAAACCUGAUUUGCAGUUAAACGAGGUUUUCAUUUUUAUUCCAAGCGGUUUAGUUUUAGAAAAAAAGAAUACUGAUCUAGGCUGAUCCCCAGUGAGAUAAUUUGAAACCUAUUUCCUCUGAGACAUACCAGCCCUUAAUUCAGUUACCUUAGCUGCUUAAGUUGAGGAUUUUUUUUUUUUUUCCUUCUUCUUUUCUUUGAACAUUAGCCAUUUGCUGUUACCUGCAGAAACAAAAAGUUCUGAGGAAAUUCACCUGAGGCACCUUCAGGUCACCGAACGAUGACGCCCUUGGAGAACUUGUACCCUUAGCGUCUCUACUUGUUUUUCACUGAGAGGAACCCCACACCAGCACGUGUGAGACGGCCCGCUGUCAUCCAGAGUGUGGGCGCGAGCCCGGCCCUGCCUCCUACUCCCACCUCCUUCGCUGGUCCCCGCCCGCCCCCAGAGGUGGGAAGGCCAGAGGGAGCCGCCCUCCUCGGCAUCCACGGGCAGCGUGGUGCGGUGCCGUUCAUUUGUACAGAAACUUUUUUGGAAAAUUCUUUUCAAUAAGAUGCAAAAUCCUCUCCAACUUUUCAACCUGAUAGGAUAAACUCUGAUUUUUGUUCUAGAUUUCCUGUAGCUGUGAAUUGUUCAAACCUGUCUGAUUCAGGAUAAAAUGUAAACAUGUGUUGUUAACAAUUUAUUGUGGAUUUUACUGUUUUGCCUUCAAAUAAAGACCUUUUUUUAAAGAC